AUGAAUCUCGACGAUGGACGCGCGCACGCGGUGACGGUGCGAACGGUGGAGACGGAGACGGUGGAGGUGGAGGAGCGACCGGUGCGCGCGGUGACGAGACGCGUGGUCGAUCGCGUUCGGGCGCCGCGAGCGAUGGGGGCGGAACCGGUGCCGGCGCCGAGGACGAUCGAUGAGAAUUCGAUCGAGACGCGGACGCGCGGGCGGUUGGCGACGCUCGCGGGGGCGGAGGAUCGAGUGGUGCGCGCGGUGGGGUCGCCGGGCGUGGGGGAGAUGGCGCCGCAAGAUGUCGCGGUGGCGCGAGCGAUGAACGCGCGGACGAGCGUGACGUAUAAGCGAUACGAGGACAUGGACGUGGAGGAGAAGCUGGAGACGAGCGAGAAGCGGUUGUUCGAGACGCAGGCGACGCUCGUGCGCGAGGCUAUGAAGCGUGAGGUGACGGAGAAUAUUCUGCGCGAGACGGCAAAGUCGUUGAGCGCGGUGAGAAAGGCGUCGCUGCAGGGACAGAGCGUGGAAACCACCGGGGGGGCGAUUCCGGGGAGCGUCGAACAUCAAAACGGCAUCUUGAUGCAACGCGUACGAGAGUUGACGGAAAAGAUGCAAUCGCUGAGCGCGAUACAUCAAGAAAAGGAAAGUGAAUUACAAUCGGUCCGUCGCUUGCUUCAGCAGCGCGAGAACGAGUUCGAUUUAAUCGGCGAGCGACCGGUUUCCAUCAACCUCGAGAUCAAGGAGUUCACGGACGAAGGGCAGUUUGAACUCAUCGAACAGACGCGAACGGUGCUCUCGCAGGCGCAGGAACAGGCGCAAGCCGUGUCCAAAUUGCGCCAGCUCGAUCGUCAGCGCACGCGUGCCCUGGGUGACCUAGUUCUCACGAUGGAGGCUAGGCGAAAAGAACUUCAAGAAAAGCUCAAAGAUGCUGGAGUGGCUGAGUACGAUGACGAUCGCGUUGCCGCAGCCGGGGGUGAGGGUUACGACGCGGCAAACUCGGGGGUCGUUUACGAUGGUCCAUUGACUUCGCCUUCCGGGAAGAGUUUCUACGUCACACGUACGGCGACGUUUUGGGAUCGGUUCUUUGGUAUCCAAAUCUGA